AUGCUUGGAAAACACACCGGAGCCCCGCAGUCCAGUGAGAUGAACUUGGAUGACCUGAUAAAGGCCCAAGAAGAAAAACUUCGACAGUUGAGAGCCGAAUUGGACGACUGUGACCACGCAGAUUCCCCUAAGCCUGAAGUGCCUUUGGUGGAAGGAGCUCCGGUCAUUGCACACAGCACUGGCCACUACCCAGCAGGAGUGAACCCCAGUGACAAUCCCAAGAGGUCUUUGAAACGAGCUUUGAGUGUUGUAUCUUCUCCAGCGAAGUCCCAGAAACUUGACACUUGGUAUGAUGACGCCCAAGAUCCCAAUUGGACCCCACCAAUCGAGCCUGCGGACACCGUCUGUGAGACGCCCGCUCCAAGUGAAGCUGAUGCGGAGCUGCCUGCAAGAACGGGUGGUGAUAUGCCACCCCCACCUCCACCUUCGGGCCCUGAAGUGAAGGAUGCCCUGUACUGGAAGUUACGUAGAUGCUGCGUCGUGAACGGAAAGAAAGCAUCUGCAGAUGCCGUGAAGCUUUUCAAGUCUCGUGAUGGACGUACCAAGCUGAGGGAGAUGAUGUUGAAGAACAACCAGGACUUCAGCGCAGUAGAGUUGGAGCUGAAGAAGUUCAAGUCAGUUACAAUUGGGCAGCGCAAAGCGGGUCAAUAG